GUUUCCGAGCUGCUCACAACAACCAAACAACCCCAACAAUAUGUUCAAAUUCGCUGCUGUCAUCUUCGCCAUCCUGGCCUGCGCCUCUGCCAAGCCUGGCUUCCUAAGUGCUCCUCUAGCCUACACUGCGCCCGCCGCCUUCGUAGCUGCUCCUGCUCCCGUUGUCACCGCCACCAGUAGCCAGGUUUUUGCCAGGAACUACAAUGGAAUCGCUGCUGCCCCCGUGAUAGCUCCAGUUGCUGCUCCUCUGGCUGCGCCAGUGAUCGCCAAGUAUGCAGCUGCUCCUCUUGCCGCUCCUUUGGCCUACCACUCGGCUCCUCUUGCCUACUCCUCGCCUCUGAACAGUCCGCUGGCAUACUCAGCCCCUCUGGCCUAUAGCACCUUUGCUGCCCCUGCGCCAGUUCUGUUCUAG